UGAACUGCUCCUGUCAGGGAGCCUGAGGGGAGCUGGGGCAAAGACAAAACUCUCCUCAGCGCAGCAGGCUGACACUGGCUCACUGCCUCCAGCGGCUGGUCUGAGCGAGAGGACCCGGUAGCCCCAGUAGCACUUGCCAUGGCCUUGCCCAAAGGCUUCUUGGUAGCCUGGGUGCUCAGCCUAUGGCCAGAGUUCAGCAAUACCUUCAACAUGGACACCAAGAGGCCCCGGAUCAUUCCAGGGUCCAAAGAAGCCUUCUUUGGCUAUACCGUGCAGCAACAUGAAAUCAGUGGGAAGAAGUGGUUGGUGGUGGGAGCUCCAUUUGAAACCAAUGGUCACCAGAAGACUGGGGAUAUUUACAAGUGUCCAGUGGUACAAGGAAAUUGCUCCAAACUGAACCUAGGAAGAGUCACCCUGUCCAAUGUGUCUGAGAGGAAGGAUAACAUGCGCCUGGGCCUGAGUCUCACCACCAACCCCAAGGAUAACAGUUUUGUGGCUUGCAGCCCUCUCUGGUCUCAUGAGUGUGGGAGUUCAUACUACACCACAGGGAUGUGCUCGCGGGUCAAUUCCAACUUCAGAUUCUCCAAGACCGUGGCCCCAGCUCUGCAAAGGUGUCAAACAUAUAUGGAUAUUAUUAUUGUCUUGGAUGGCUCCAACAGCAUCUACCCCUGGGUAGAAGUACAGCACUUUCUCAUCAACAUCUUGAAGAAGUUUUACAUUGGCCCUGGUCAGAUCCAGGUGGGCGUGGUUCAGUACGGAGAAGAUGUGGUACAUGAGUUUCACCUGAAUGACUACAGGUCUGUAAAAGAUGUGGUGGAAGCUGCCAGCCACAUCGAGCAGAGAGGAGGUACAGAAACCCGGACGGCGUUUGGCAUAGAAUUUGCUCGCUCGGAGGCUUUCCAGAAAGGAGGAAGGAAAGGGGCUAAGAAGGUGAUGAUUGUUAUCACAGAUGGAGAGUCCCAUGACAGCCCAGAUCUGGAGAAGGUCAUUGAGGACAGUGAGAAGGAUAACGUGACUCGAUAUGCUGUGGCUGUCCUUGGUUAUUACAACCGAAGGGGCAUCAACCCAGAAGCCUUUCUGAAUGAAAUCAAAUACAUAGCCAGUGACCCAGAUGACAAGCACUUUUUCAAUGUCACAGAUGAGGCGGCUCUGAAGGAUAUUGUGGAUGCACUGGGGGACAGGAUUUUCAGCUUGGAAGGCACCAACAAGAAUGAAACAUCCUUUGGACUAGAAAUGUCACAGACGGGAUUUUCUUCACAUGUAGUGGAGGAUGGGAUUUUGCUGGGAGCAGUUGGUGCAUAUGACUGGAAUGGAGCUGUGCUGAAAGAGACCAGUGGUGGAAAAGUCAUUCCUCACCGAGAGUCGUAUCUAAAGGAAUUCCCUGAAGAACUGAAGAACCAUGGGGCAUAUCUGGGUUACACAGUUACUUCUGUUGUGUCCCGUGAUCAGGGCAGGGUUUACGUGGCUGGAGCACCCCGAUUCAACCACACAGGCAAAGUCAUCCUUUUCAUGAUGCACAGUAACCGUAGCCUGACAAUCCAGCAAUCUCUGAAAGGAGAACAGAUUGGCUCAUACUAUGGAAGUGAAAUCAGUUCCCUGGACGUAGACAGCGAUGGGGUGACAGACAUUCUACUGGUUGGCGCACCAAUGUACUUCAGUGAGGGCCGAGAGCGGGGCAAAGUGUAUGUCUAUGUUCUGAGACAGAAUCGGUUUAUUUAUGAUGGGACACUAAAAGAUUCCCAUGGCUACCAAAAUGCCCGAUUUGGCUCUUCCAUCUCCUCAGUUCGAGAUCUCAAUCAAGAUUCCUACAAUGACAUCGUGGUGGGAGCUCCCCUGGAGAAUGACCACCAGGGAGUCAUCUACAUCUUUCAUGGCUUCCAGAACAACAUCCUGAAGAGGUAUAAGCAGAGAAUUGCCUCCUCAGAGCUGGCCCCAGGCCUCCAAUAUUUUGGCUGCAGCAUCCAUGGGCAGAUGGACCUCAACGAAGAUGGACUCAUUGACUUGGCAGUGGGAUCUCUUGGUGGUGCUGUGAUCUUAUGGUCCCGAAGUGUAGUCCAGAUCAAUGCCAGCAUCCACUUUGAGCCAUCCAAGAUCAACAUCUUCCACAAGGACUGCAAGCGUAAUGGCAAGGAUUCAACCUGCAUGGCAGCCUUCCUCUGCUUCCUGCCCAUCUUCUUGUCCCCUCAUUUCCAAACUGGAACUGUAGGCAUCAAGUACAAUGCCACUAUUGAUGAGCGGCGGUACACACCAAGAGCCCACCUGGACGAGAAUGCAGACAAGUACACACACAGGGUAGCUCUGCUCUCUGCAGGCCAAGAGUACUGUGACCGCAUCAACUUCCAUGUUCUGGACACAGCAGACUAUGUGAAGCCAGUGACGUUCUCAGUGGAGUUUGCCUUGGAAGAUCCUGACAAUGGACCCAUCCUGGAUGAUGGCUGGCCUACCACACUCAGAGUCUCAGUACCCUUCUGGAACGGGUGCAAUGAGGAUGAACACUGCGUGCCUGACCUGGUCCUAGAUGCCCAGAGUGACAUUCCCACUGCCAUGGAGUAUUGCAAGAGAGUCCUGAAAAAGACCCAGCCGGAGUGUUCUUCCUACACCCUCUCUUUUGAUACCUCCAUUUUCAUCAUAGAGAGCAGCCAGCGGCGUGUAGCAGUGGAGGCUACCCUGGAGAACAGGGGAGAGAAUGCUUAUAACACAGUCCUAAAUAUUUCAUACUCAAGAAACCUGCAGUUUGCAAGCUUGAUUCAAAAGGAUGAUUCAGAUGGCAGCAUUGAAUGCAUAAACGAAGAGAGAAGGAUCAGCAAGAAAGUCUGCAAUGUCAGCUACCCAUUUUUCAAAGCAAAAGGCAAGGGAGCUUUCCGCCUGGAUUUUGAGUUCAGCAAGUCAGUUUUUCUUCAGAAUAUGGAGAUCCUCCUGACAGUCGGCAGCGACAGUGAAGAGCAGGAAAGCACUAAAAACGAUAAUUCAGCUCUCCUGAAUUUCCAUCUUAAAUAUGAAGCUGACAUCCUUUUCACCAGAAGUUCCAGCCUGAGCCGCUAUGAAGUCAAGUCCAACAGCUCCUUGGAGGGUUACAACAGCAUUGGCCCUCCUUUCCAAUGCACAUUUACGAUCCUAAAUUUAGGAUUUUUCCCAGUAGAUGGGGUCACAAUUAAAUUCACAGUCCCCAUUGCCACAAGAGGAGGAAACCGCCUACUGAUGCUGAGUGACUUCUUUGUGAAUCAGGAGAAUACAACAUGCAACAUCUGGGGGAACAAUACUGACUACCGACAAGCUCCCACUGAGGAGGACCUGAGUCAUUCACCACAGCUGAACCAUAGCAAUUCAGAUGUGGUUUCAAUCAACUGCAAUGUGAAGCUGGCCAGCAACCAGGAAAUGAGUUUCCACCUACUGGGGAAUCUAUGGCUAAAAUCCCUCAAAGCACUCAAGUUCAAGUUUUUGAAAAUCAAAGUCAAUGCAGCACUACAGCGUCAUUUCCAGAGCCCCUUCAUCUUUCGGGAAGAGGAUCCCAGCCGGCAGGUCAUAUUUGAAAUCUCUAAGCAAGAGGAUUCCCAGAUCCCAAUCUGGAUCAUCAUCGGAAGCACAUUGGGAGGCCUCUUGCUUCUUGCCCUGCUGGUCCUAGCACUCUGGAAGCUCGGAUUCUUUAAAAGUUCCAGUCGAGAGAGGAAAACAGAACAGGAACCCAAUGCCAAAGUGCUGGAAUGAGGCUCCAUGAGGGUGUGAUUCAAUGGGGAUGGGGACAGGGUGCACUUUGUGUCUGGCCCACAUCAUGUCUGCAGCCUAUGGAGUGCCCAUCUGACCAUCUCUGGACCAAGGGGAGAAGAGAAGACGCAUCCCUUUUCAAAUGAUGUCAUCUCAAAGCAUAAAUCCCCAGAGUGGCUGCAGUCUUGCUUUCCCCAGAAAGGUACUUCAAACUGGUUUUUAACAGCGCUGAUCUGAGCCUGGGCAGCCGAGCAUACACACACACAUACUUUGCUCCUGCCUGGCUUAUCCAAAGACCCAGCUUUGUCUUCUCAGUGUCUCAAUUUAGAGAUGCUUUGGGGAAGCAUACCUUUCCCAAGGUACCAGGAUGCAAGCAAUUCAUCAUCAGAUGAAAACUGGGGAAGAAGAUUCUAAUGGCCAUGGCUCAUACUAUCCCCAACACUAGGCUGUGUGGAAAUCUGAGCAGUGUUGUAGGAGGCAUUAAGGUCUGGUGUGUUCAUCUCCUACCCAUCUGAAAUUCUGCCGAUGGCUCAUCAAUCAUCCCACCUAUCCUGCCAGCUCCUGAUUUUCCCCCACAUCUUCUCCAAGCUGGAUUGGACAAAGGCAGGGGAAGACCUCAUGAGCCUUCCUCCCCAUCUCUGCCAGAUUAAUGCAGAGCCAAGGGAAAACUUAUACCCCAAGGAGCAAUUUAUCCCAAGGAAUAAGGUACUGGUUUCUACCCCUAGCAGUUAUGGGAUAUGGAGAAUCGGACAGACAAGGAUUUAUGUUACUAGCCUCAGCAAUCAGGGAGACAGGCUGACUACACACACACACACACACACACACACACACACACACACACUUCCCUCCUUCUUACUCCCAGCUACUGUUAAAGUUGCUUUAGUUUCUCAGUACCUCAGAGG